AUGGAUAAAAGCUGGAUGCAUAUUACUAACCGAUUUAGGUCCACAGAAUAUCGGGAAGGGUUACAUCAAUUCAUGUCACUUGCCCAAGCUCAUGCAAUAACAAACAAUAUCAGGUGUCCUUGUCUUAACUGUCGUAAUAACUUUUUCCACACUAUAGACUUGGUGCAAAGACACCUAUUCACCAUAGGAAUUGAUGAAAACUACACCGAAUGGAUUUUUCAUGGGGAGGAAGAGACUUGGGAUGGUAAUGACCUUGAUGAUGAUGUCAAUGAACUGCAAAAUCACGAAUAUGUUGAUAACAUGGAUGAAAUGUUAGAUGACAUCCGUCUUGGAUCAUUUACGAAUGUAGAGCUAGUUGAACAAUCUACCGGGGAAGGACCCACCUAUGUGGACCCUAGGGCAAAAAACUUUGAUCAAUUAUUGGAAGAUGCUAAACGUCCACUCUACCCAGGAUGUGCUAAGUUCUCAAAGUUAUCAUUCAUUGUAAAGUUGUUGCAUAUAAGGACAAUUGGGGGGUGGAGUGUUAAAUCAUUUGACAUGCUACUAAAGUUGUUGAAAGUUUCAUUUCCGGAUGCACUUUUGCCUGACUCAUACCGUGAGUCACGACAGAUGGAGCGGGCCCUUAGUUUUAACUAUAUAAAGAUUGAUGUAUGUCGAAAUGAUUAUAUACUAUACUGGAAGGAGAAUGCUGACAAGCAUGAUUGUCCCAAAUGUAGUUUGUCAAGAUGGGUAACGUGCACAACUAAAGAGAAAAAAGUCCCCCACAAAGUACUUCAAUAUUUUCCAUUAAAACCAAGAUUGAAAAGGUUGUUUAUGUCAAAAGAUACAAUUGUAGCCAUGCGAUGGCACAAAGAACACCGUUUCGACGAUGAGAAUGUGAUGAGGCAUCCACGUGACUCAGUUGGGUGGAAGGAAUUUGAUCAAGAGCAUAUCUCAUUUUCUGUUGAUGCUCGUAACGUGCACCUUGGUCUAGCCAUUGAAUCCCCCUUUCAAUAA